AAUGUCGGCGCUGGAGUGGUUCGCGCACAAGUCCCUGGGCGGCGGCAUCUACUGGAUCCAGGAGCGCUUCUACGAGUCGGGCAACCGGGCCAACAUCUGGCUGGUGCGCGGCUCGCAGCGGGACGUGGUGAUCGACACCGGGCUGGGGCUGCGCAGCCUGCCCGACUACCUGCAGCUGGCGGGGCUGCUGGGCCCCCAGGAGGAGGAGGAGGAGGGGGAGCAGGAGCCCCCCGGCGGCGGCGGGGGGCGGCCCAGGCCCUUGCUGGCCGUGGCCACCCACGUGCACUUCGACCACGCCGGCGGGCUGCACCAGUUCGGGGAGGUGGCGGUGCACAGCGCCGAGGCGGCGGCCCUGCGCCGCGGGGACAACUACGAGGCGGUCACUUGGCUCUCGGACCGCGAGGUGGUGCGGCCGCCCAGCCCCGGCUGGAGCGCCAGGCAGUUCCGCGUGCGGCCCGUGCAGCCCACCCACGUCCUGCAAGAGGGGGAUGUGAUCAGCCUCGGCGACAGACAGCUUACUGUCAUGCAUAUGCCUGGCCAUUCAAGAGGAAGCAUUUGCUUGCAUGACAGGGAACGGAAGAUACUGUUCAGUGGAGAUGUUGUGUAUGAUGGUUCAAUGAUUGACUGGCUUCCCUACAGCAGGAUAAGCGACUACGUUGGAACCUGCCAGCGGCUGAUAGAAUUAGUGAAUAGAGGUCUUGUGGAAAAAGUCCUUCCAGGGCAUUUCAACACUUUUGGAGCUGAGCGGCUUUAUCGCUUGGCUUCCAACUACAUUUCUAAUGCUGGGGUGUGUCACAAAGUUUCGACAUGCGCUAUGAGAUCCCUCGCAAGCCUAGCACUUCGCGCAACAAAUUCUAGAACCACUUCAUAGUAUAGCAUAUAUAACAUGUAUUAUUGUAAAAACCCAAUGGCUUAUAUAGGUUUUAUUUUGCCAGUGCAAAGAAUACCUGUCAAAGGAAAAGCAGGCUGACGAAUCAUUAAAGAUACUUAUUUUUACCUACUUCCUUUCUAUUUAAAAAACAACAGUAUAAGCUAGUAGCUGUGCCAGAGCUACUGAUUUUUCCUUCUAUUUUUUUCAAGGCAUGUUUGCACAUAAGUUGAAUGCUAUUUGACAGACGUUUUACAUGUUUAGUAUUUUACAACAUUUUGAA